AAAAGUUGAAGGGAAACUUAAAUGUGUGACGACUCGAGUCACGACAGGAACGUUGGCUGAAAGAGUAGUUGAGGAAGUAAUGCUUUUAAUUUCAAAUGAAUGAGAUUCAUGGCUUCACCGCACACAUGUGCCUCUCGGACUCCGCGUUCGGUCACUCAGAGUCUCUGACUCAGCACAACACAUCUAAGCUGCACCUGUGUGAGACCAGGAUUGCAACACCAUAUGACAUCCUCCUUCCAUCCGGCUGUGUGUCAGUGGGAGUGGCUCAUGUUGGCUUCUUUGCUGUCUGCAAAAAGGAUGGCUCUUCUGAAAUAUACUGUAGCUGCUUAAAAUGACAGGGCAAUUCUCACUGUCUCAGCAAUUACACCACUACGAUGAUUUUUACUGGGGCUAAACACGGACACUCAUCCGUGUCCCCCGUCUCUGUAUCAACGGAUGUUUCCAGUAUGUCCAUGGCGCCCACCUCAUCACGGCUAAAGUAUGUAUCUCUGGGGGUGCUGGUACUGCAGACCACCUCCUUGGUGCUGACAAUGCGUUAUUCCCGAAUGCUGCAAUCUGAGGGUCCGCGCUACCUGGCGUCGUCUGCCGUAGUGUGUGCUGAAGUUCUUAAGAUUGUUGCAUGCUUGCUGCUCGUCUUCAGAGAUCAAAGUUUCAGUGUUCGUGCUCUGAAUCAGGCGUUGAAGGAGGAAAUAAUCAACAAGCCUGUGCUGACGCUGAAGUUGGCCAUUCCCUCGGGCAUCUACACCCUGCAGAACAACUUGCUCUAUGUGGCGCUGUCUAAUCUAGAUGCGGCGACCUACCAGGUUACAUAUCAGCUGAAGAUUCUCACUACAGCGCUGUUCUCCGUGUCCAUGCUGGGCAAAAGACUCGGCAUUUACCAGUGGAUCUCACUGCUCAUUCUGAUGGCUGGCAUUGCACUUGUCCAGUGGCCGACUGAAAUCACGUCAAUCGCCCAGCAGAAGGAUCUGACGGCCAGCUCUCAGCUGAUGGGACUGCUGGCGGUGCUUGUGGCCUGCUUCUCCAGUGGAUUUGCUGGCGUGUAUUUUGAAAAGAUCCUCAAAGAGACCAAGCAGAGUGUCUGGGUCCGUAAUAUUCAGCUAGGUUUAUUCGGACUGAUUUUUGGACUUGUGGGGGUGUUUGUGUACGAUGGAGAAAGAGUGCGUGAGAAUGGACUCUUUCAAGGGUACAAUAAUGUGACGUGGACUGUGGUGGCUCUUCAGGCUUUGGGUGGUUUGGUCAUUGCAGCUGUGAUUAAGUUUGCUGAUAACAUCCUGAAGGGCUUUGCCACAUCCAUCUCAAUCAUUCUGUCCACCCUCAUCUCUUAUUUCUUAUUGGAGGAUUUUGACCCUACUAGUGUGUUCUUCCUGGGCGCGAUGCUGGUUAUCACUGCUACGUUUCUCUACGGGUAUGAGAGAACCCCAGACCGGGGCAACACCAAUAAAGUAUAGAAGACUGGACAGGAAGUGAUAAAUGACAUCGGAGUGUGUGCUAAGAUGCUCUGCUUCAGGACAAGAGAACCAGUGAUACUCUAUUACAGUGAUGCUAUUACAAGGUAGCACAAAAAAAGAUUACAACCAUCCAGAACUUGAAUUGUUCUCUAUGCCCCAUGUCAUGUCAUCAUAACAACACACAGAACCAAAAAUGGAGAGCUAUGGUGAGACAUUGUUACACUCAGCUGAGGAUGUUUAAAGGAGUA